AUGAAGUACCUUUCUCUUCUGGCGGCUUUUGCUGCUCACGCUGCUGCUGUCAGUGUCUCUGGCUCCGCCGAAGGUUUCGCCAAGGGAACUACAGGUGGUGGUAGUGCUACUGCUGUCUACCCGACUACCACCGACGAGCUGGUCUCGUACCUUGGUGACUCGGAGGCUCGCGUGAUUGUUCUUACCAAGACUUUUGAUUUCACUGAUACCGAGGGUACCACUACUUCCACUGGAUGUGCGCCUUGGGGUACUGCUUCUGGUUGUCAGGUUGCUAUCAACCAGGACGACUGGUGCACGAACUACGAGCCAGACGCACCAAGUGUCUCGGUCAGCUAUGACAACGCUGGUAUUCUGGGUAUCACUGUUGCCUCCGACAAGACCCUUCUUGGUGUUGGCACUACCGGUGUUAUCAAGGGUAAGGGUCUUCGCAUUGUCAGCGGUGCUAGCAACGUUAUCAUCCAGAACAUCGCUAUCACCGACAUCAACUCCAAGUACGUCUGGGGUGGAGACGCCAUUACCAUUGACGAGGCCGAUCUGAUCUGGAUCGAUCACGUUACUACCGCCCGUAUCGGUCGUCAGCACUACGUUCUCGGUACCUCCGCCGACAACCGCAUCAGUCUGACAAACAACUACAUCGACGGUGUGACCUCUUACUCAGCAACCUGUGACACAUACACCUACUGGGGUAUCUAUCUGGAUGGAUCCUCCGACCUGGUCACCCUGAAGGGCAACUACAUCUACCACACCAGCGGACGUAGCCCCAAGGUUCAGGGUAACACUCUUCUCCACGCUGUCAACAACUACUGGUACGACAACACUGGCCAUGCUUUCGAGAUUGGUUCCGGUGGCUACGUCCUCGCUGAGGGCAAUGUUUUCCAGAACAUUGAUACUGUUGUUGAGUCGCCUAUUGAUGGACAGCUGUUCACUUCACCUGACACCUCUACCAACAAAAUCUGCUCGACCUACCUGGGACGUGUUUGCCAGGUUAACGGAUUUGGAUCUUCUGGGACUUUCAGCCAGUCUGAUGAGAGCUUCCUGGUGAACUUCGAGGGCAAGAACAUUGCUUCUGCUACAGCUUACACUUCUGUCGCGGCGAGUGUUGAGGCUAAUGCUGGUCAGGGUAACCUGUAA